GGCCGGGGUGACGGGCAGCGGGGCCCGGCAGAGCCGCAGGGGUUAAGGGAGGCGCAGCCGGCGCCGGAGCCGGAGCUGGAGCUAGAGCUGCCCUGGGGAAACGAAAGCGAAGGUGCCCCGGGCCGGGAGCUGCGCAGGCAGCGGCAUUGGAGGCCAGGGAUCCCCGUCGCGGGUGCUGGAUCUGAGGGAUCCCCGUCGCGGGUGCUGGAUCUGAGGGAUCCCCAUCGCAGGUGUUGGAUCCGAGGGAUCCCCGUCGCGGGGGCUGCAUCGGAGGGACCCCCCCACCGCGACGCCGGAGCCGAGGGCAGGGGCACGCGGCCACCAUGGCUUUCCAGGCGCCCAUCUUUAACCCGAGCAUCCCCUUCUCCGGCUACAUCUCCGGGGGGCUGAGCCCGGGCAGGACGGUCACCGUGCAGGGACAGAUCCCACUCGGGGCGAGGAGGUUCGCGGUGAACCUGCGCUGCGGCUCGGGGGACCUGGCGCUGCACGUGAACCCCCGCUUCGACGAGGCCCCUCCGGUGCUGGUGUGCAACGCGCAGCAGGCCGGGGCCUGGGGGGCCGAGCAGCGCCGCCCCGCGCCCCCCCUCGCCCCCGGCGCCUGCUUCGAGAUCGCCCUCCACGCCCAGGCCCGCGGCUACCAGGUCUCGGUGAACGGGCAGCCCGUCCUGGAGUUCGUGCACCGCCUGCCCCUGCACACGGUCCAGACGCUCGAGGUCACCGGCGACGUCACCGUCACCUGCAUCAGCUUCGCCGGCCCGCUCUUCACCAUGACUUUGGCGCAGCCGCUGCUGGGAGCCGCUAAGACAUGGAGGAAGCUGGGCGCCUGCCAGGCUCAGCCUGACGCGCGUGUGGUCGUCAGCAACCCGAGCGUCCCCUUCCACGCGGCGCUGCCCAGGACGCCCUCGGCCCAGCCCCGGCCCAUCACCAUCGUGGGCAGCGUCCUCCCGCACGCCAACAGGUUCCACGUGAACCUGCGGAGCAGCGUCUCGGGCAGCGUGGUGCUGCACGUCAACCCGCGGCUGCGGGAAGGGGCGCUGGUGCGGAACACGCAGCGGCACGGGCGCUGGGGCACCGAGGAGCGCCACGCCGCCGCCAUGCCCUUCGCCGCCGGGCAGCCCUUCCAGAUGGAGAUCCGGACGCUGAGCCACGGCUACCGCGUGGCGGUCAACGGGCAGCACGUCUUCGACUACAGCCACCGGCUGCCGCCCGGCGAGGUCGACCAGCUGGAGAUCAGCGGCGACGUCAGCCUCGCCUGCGUCCAGUACUGAGACCCCCCCCCGCGCGGCGGGCGGCGGGCGCCGGCACGGAGAUGGGCAUCGGCAUGGGCAUCGGCAUCGGCAUGGGAAUGGGAAUGGGCAUGAGCAUGGGCA